AUGAUGGAACUCCUCGGACGGCAAAACAACGUUGGCUUCACUUUCUAUGGAGAGAGAUUGAAGAAGCUACGAAAAGUGUUACAGAGAUCUUUGAAUUCACGCAUUUUCAGUGCGUUCUGGAGUGAUUUACUAAACGAGAAAUCUCUGGAACUGUGCUACGCACUAUUACAAUCCCCGACUAAGUGGAACGACAUCUUAGAAUCAAAUAUCCAGGAACUCAUAGUACUGUUUGCGUACGGACACCAGCCUAGCACCGAGUAUAUAAAGCUUGCAAAAACUGUAAUGCAUCAAACGGGAGAGGCGUUUCAGCCCGGAAGAUGGGCGGUAAACUUCAUACCUGCCUUAAAAUGGGUUCCGGCUUGGUUACCUGGUGCAGGUUUUCAAAAAUGGGCUCGAGAAUCUAGGGAAUUAUUCUUCGAAGUAACGAGACAGCCAUUCUACGACCUGAAGAACGAGAUGGUGUGUGGAUCCCUUGGAAAUGUACGACAAUCUUUUGUGCAGCAGAACCUAGAGAGUCUUUCAAAGACGCACUCGAUUGAAGAUGAAGAUGUCAUAAUGUUUGCUGCAGGUAGCCUAUUUAGUGCCGGCACCGAAACACUAACAGUCGUAUUCCUAAACUUCAUUGCGCUUAUGGCCAACCACCCUGAGAUUCAACAACGUGCAUUCGAUGAGAUUCAAACCAUCAUUGGUUCCGAGCGACUGCCGAACCUUCAACAACGAGACUCCCUUCCAUUUAUCGACUGUAUCAUCCAAGAGGUUCAUCGAAUGUACCCUCCGAUUCCACUGAUGCCACAUAGCAAUGUCCAGGAAGAGAAAUACAAUGGAUACAGGAUACCUAAGAAAUCAUGGGUCAUGGCGAAUGUGUGGGCUAUGCUUCACGAUGACCAAGUCUACCCCAAUCCGGAGUCGUUUUUGCCUAGCCGCUUUGAAGGUCUGGAACCAGCGCUCGAUCCACGAGUUCUUACCUAUGGACGAUGCCCCGGCUUACACUUCGCCGACCUGUACAUUUACCUCCUCGUUGCAAGAGUGUUGAUUUUGUUCGAAAUUGUUCCGGGUGUGGAAGACGGAAAACCUGUAUAUCCCGUGCUCGAGUUCACAGCCGGGCUUGUUGCAUUCCCGAAGCCAUAUACAUGUAGACUGGUUCCUAGGAAGUCUGCACUAGAAAUUCUUAAGAAAUCGGGAGAAAGAUCGUAA